AUGGCAAAUCAAUAAACCUUUUACAAAUCAUCACUGCAUAGUCUAAAAUCAUCAAUUCAAGAAUAUUAUCCUGGUCCAAUUAUUCAAUCUAGACAACCAUAAUAGCAUCCUCCCUAAAUUGUUUCAUCAAAAUAUUCAUAAUUAAUUUAAUAAUCCAUAUAAAAAUAAAAUAUACAACCACCAAAUUAACCAAAACUUCAAUAAGUUCCAGAAUAGAGACCUCUUGAAUAAUCAUUACCAAAAUAAUAAUAUGUGCUUUUUUAAUUUGAUUAAAUAGAAUAUGAUUUAGAAAAGAAAUUUUAGAAUGCUGUUGAUAGAACAAGAGAUUUACUUUAAAGAAAUUUAAAUCCAUAAAUACCAAUCAAAUAAUCAUAAUAAAUUCCUUAUUAUGAUGAAAAUUAAUAAUAAUUAUUUCCUUAUUAUGAUGAAAAUUAAUAAUAAUAAAUUCCUUAUUAUGAUGAAAAUUAAUCAUAAUAAAUUCCUUAUUAUGAUGUAAAUUAAUCAUAAUAAAUUCCUUAUUAUGAUGUAAAUUAAUCAUAAUAAAUUCCUUAUUAUGAUGUAAAUUAAUCAUAAUAAAUUCCUUAUUAUGAUGUAAAUUAAUCAUAAUAAAUUCCUUAUUAUGAUGUAAAUUAAUCAUAAUAAAUUCCUUAUUAUGAUGUAAAUUAAUCAUAAUAAAUUCCUUAUUAUGAUGUAAAUUAAUCAUAAUAAAUUCCUUAUUAUGAUGUAAAUUAAUCAUAAUAAAUUCCUUAUUAUGAUGUAAAUUAAUCAUAAUAAAUUCCUUAUUAUGAUGUAAAUUAAUCAUAAUAAAUUCCUUAUUAUGAUGUAAAUUAAUCAUAAUAAAUUCCUUAUUAUGAUGUAAAUUAAUCAUAAUAAAUUCCUUAUUAUGAUGUAAAUUAAUCAUAAUAAAUUCCUUAUUAUGAUGUAAAUUAAUCAUAAUAAAUUCCUUAUUAUGAUGUAAAUUAAUCAUAAUAAAUUCCUUAUUAUGAUGUAAAUUAAUCAUAAUAAAUUCCUUAUUAUGAUGUAAAUUAAUCAUAAUAAAUUCCUUAUUAUGAUGUAAAUUAAUCAUAAUAAAUUCCUUAUUAUGAUGUAAAUUAAUCAUAAUAAAUUCCUUAUUAAGAUAUAGAGUAAUAAAAAUGGUUACUUUCAAAUAAAAAACACAAAAAAUUUUUGGCAGAUUUAUUUGAUUAUGAAAUUUAAAGUGAUUCUUAGCAUGAUAAUUUAGUUUAAAGCAAUUAAAAUUCAUAAUAGCAAUCGUAAAUUUCCUAUAAUAAUGAUUAAGAAUAAUAAUUAUAAGAACUUGCACUUUAAUAUCCAGAUGGAUAUAUAUAUAGAGGUUAGGGAUAUAAACCAGGUACAAAAGAAGGAUUUGGAAUAUUGAUUGAUGAAAAUGAUAAUAAAGUAUACAAAGGUUAUUGGCAUGAUAAUUAAUAUCAUGGAUAAGGCAAAUUAAUAAAUUUCUAAGCAGAAUAUAUUGAUGGAGCAUUUGAUUAUUAAGAUUUGAGUGGAAUUGAAAAUGGUUGGUUAGGAUAUGAAGGUAAUUUAUGAUAAUAUUUCAAAGGUUAAUUUUAGGAAGGAAAGUUUUAUGGGAUUGGUAUACUUUAUUUAACAAAUGGAGAAAAAUUUGAAGGUACAUUUAAUGAUGGUAUGAUUGAUGGAGAAGGAGUUUAUUCUACAAUUAAUGGAUAAAUUAUUAAAGGAAUAUGGAAAGAAGGCAUAUUAACACAUUUAAUUUGA